CUAGUUUUUACAUCUCCGAAGAAAAAGAAAAAAAAAAAAGGAAAAAACUUGAAUUCAAAGAAAGAAAAAAAGGGAGAAACAGAAGUACCCAACCGGCGGUCGAAAUCUAGCCGGAAAAUGAAUAUUCCGGCGAACUGUUCCUUUCUCCAUCAACGAAAUGCCCGUGUUUCAGUCCACCACCGUCACGUCUUCCGUGAAAAGCCCUAGUACAGAUACAAAUUGUCCACCCCAUUAAAGGAAAAAAAAUCUUUCUUUCUUUUCCAAUUUGCCUUCCCAAGAAGAGAUUUUUGUGUAUAUGCAGUAGAUGAUCGGAGAACACUAACUUUUGGCCGCAAAAGCAUUAAUUUUCCUGGUUCUUAUCGAUGAGUAGCUCAGAUUUUUAGUUUUUUUUUUUUUUGGCUGUGAAAAAGUGAGCUACAUUUUUCAAUUACUUGAGAAUUUUGAGUAGAGGGAUUUUUAAAAAAAUGCCUUUUCAGAUGAAGGUUCAGCCGAUUGAUUCCGACCAAGUCUACCUGGAAUCAUUGAAGCCACCGCCGGUGCUUAAAUCGCGGCUCAAACGGCUUUUUGAUCGGCCAUUCAACAGUGUUUUGAGGAUAUCAUCAGCCACAACAGAAAAGCAAGCGUCUUUUCCCGGCGAAGUUAAAGAUUUUGCAGCACCAUCCCCACCGGCGGCAGGAGUGCCGGAGUUUGAGCUCAGCUCAGUUUGUCUAGAUAAUAUGGUGCAGAAUUUCAUUGAGGAGAAUGCUUUUGAGAAGCAGUCUCAGACAGCUCAGAAAUGUGGGAGAAAUAGAUGCAAUUGCUUCAAUGGAAAUAGCAAUGAUAGUUCUGAUGAUGAAUUUGAUUUUGGAUUUGGGGAUGUUGUCACUAACUCAAACUCUUAUUCUUUUGGCGAUUCCGUUGAUUUUCUCAAGAGCUUGAUUCCUUGUUCUACAACUGUGGAGAGGAAUCUGUUGGCUGAUACUUCAAAAAUGGUGGAAAAGAAUAAAACUUGCAAAAGGAAAGAUGAUUUGAGGAAAAUUGUGACUGAUGGUCUAUUAGCACUUGGAUACGAUGCUUCCAUUUGCAAAUCUAAAUGGGACAAAUCUGCCUCCAUUCCAGCCGGCGAAUAUGAUUACAUUGAUGUGAUUACUGAAGGGGAAAGAGUGCUGAUCGACAUUGACUUCCGAUCAGAGUUUGAGAUUGCUCGAUCAACCGGAAGUUACAAAGCCAUCUUGCAUGCUCUGCCGUUCAUUUUCGUCGGGAACGUGGACAGGUUGCAGCAGAUCAUCGGAAUUGUAUCAGAGGCCGCCAGACAAAGCUUGAAGAAGAAAGGAAUGCAUAUUGCGCCGUGGCGUAAAGCUGAGUACAUGAAAGCUAAAUGGCUCAGCCCGCACGUUAGGACAACCGUUCCUCCUCAAAACGAUGCCGUUGCAGUUGAGGGAAAACAAGCUGAGGAGGUUGUUGUUGAAACCGAGGAGAAAGAUGAGAGUAAGGAGGUGGUUGUUGAGGAGGCUUCAGAAGAGAGUGAGUGUGGAGAAUUGGAGCUGAUUUUUGGGGAGAAAACGACUCCGUCAGAGGAACCGAAGUCAGGUUUGUCGUCGCCGGCGAGGAGUGAGUGUGGAGAACUGGAGCUGAUUUUUGGGGAGAAAACGACGCCGUCGGAGAAACCCGAGUCGUCUUUGUCGUCGCCGGCGAGGAUUUCCGGCGAAGUUUCAAAAGGGCCGACGCCGGCGAUCGGGACGUGGCAACCGCCGGUGAUAAAACCCAAGAGUUGUGAAAGGGGCAACCGGGUUAUGGUCACCGGCUUGGCAUCUCUUCUAAAGGAGAAGCCUUGAAAAUUUUGGAUCUUUUUCCUUUUCUUUUGGGAAUUUUCUAACUGUUUUAUGAAGUACAAAAAAAGUAUAGUAUCGGUCGGAGCUUUUAUAUACUAGAUAUAACCGGAUAUUUUCUUUUUUUCUUUUUUAAUUUCCUUGUAAUUUUGGACUUUUUCCCUUCCUUUUUUCUUAGAAGGGAUAUGUAAGAAGCAAUCAAGUGAUGAUGAAGUGAAUGUUCUAGAUCAUCAUUAUUGUACCAAUAAAUUAGAAAA